UGGCUGCCCCCUUGCGCCCCUCCGAGGCCCGGGGGGAGGAGGAAGGAGGAGGCGGAGGAAGCGGCGGCACCAGGAGCAGGGAGGCGGCGGCGAGGGAGCCUGGUGGAGUCGGAGCCGGGCCCGCAGCGACGGCGGCUCCUUCUCGGUGGGAAAAAUCUGUGCAUGCAGAAGUGUCCCAAUGAGUUCCUAAAUGCUUCAUUCCUUGCACAUCUGUAUGAUGUCUGUACAGUUCUUUACUAACAGCCCUCAAUAUAAGGCCCACCUACUUCUCAGAGGAAAUGGCUCUUGAAGUUAAAUGAGACUGGAUAAAAUAUAUACAUGAAGCAGAGGCUGCUCUACAUGUGUUAAGGCUAAAAUACCAGAAGAGUUUUUGAUCAGCCAGACUUGGUAGCUUGUCAUAAUGAAGAAAAUUAGUCUCAAAACAAUUCGCAAGUCCUUUAACUUAAAUAAAAGCAAAGAAGAAAGUGACUUUGUAGUGGUUCAGCAGCCAUCAUUAAGUGAAUUUGGAAAAGAUGACUCCUUGUUUGGCAGCUGCUAUGGUAAAGAUUUGGCUAGCUGUGAAGUUAACAGUGAAGAUGAAAAAGGUGGCAAAAAUAGAUCAAAAAGUGAAAGCUUAAUGGGUACUUUAAAAAGAAGGCUUUCAGCAAAACAAAAGCAGAAAGGGAAAGGCAGCACACCAUCUGUAAGCUCUGCUGAUGACGAUACCUUUUCUUCCUCAUCUGCUCCAAUAACCUUUAAAGAUGUGAGAGCUCAAAGACCUCUAAGGUCCACAUCCCUCCGUAACCACCAUUACAGUCCAACACCAUGGCCCCUUCGAUCGACAAACUCAGAAGAGACUUGUAUCAAAAUGGAAGUGAAAGUCAAGGCCUUGGUCCACUCCUCUAACCCAAGCCCAGCACUGAAUGGUGUUCGAAAGGACUUCCAUGACUUGCAGUCAGAUAGUGUGUUUCAAGAACAAAACAAUACAUUAAAAAGUACAGAAUCCCAGAAUGGGGACCUACAUCUUCAUAUUGAUGAACAUGUGCCUGUAGUUAUUGGACUAAUGCCUCAGGACUACAUUCAGUAUACUGUGCCUUUAGAUGAGGGAAUGUAUCCUUUGGAAGGAUCACGUAGUUACUGUCUGGAUAGUUCCUCACCCAUGGAAGUUUCAACUGUUUCUUCUCAAGUGAGUGGAAAUGCUUUUCAUGAAGAUGAGGGUCAGGUGGAUCAAGAUGUAGUUGUUGCUCCAGAUAUCUUUGUGGACCAGGCAGUGAAUGGUUUGUUGAUUGGUACCACAGGAGUCAUGUUGCAAAGCCCAAGAGUUAAUCACAGUGAUGUCCCUCCACUCUCACCAUUGCUACCUCCGAUGCAGAAUAAUCAAAUCCAAAGGAACUUUAAUGGACUGAAUGGCACAGAUGCCCAUGUGGCUGAAAGUAUGCGCUGCCAUUUGAAUUUUGAUCCUAACUCUGCCCCAGGAGUUGGAAGAGUUUAUGACUCUGUACAAAAUAGUGGUCCUAUGGUUGUGACGAGCCUCACAGAGGAACUGAAAAAACUUGCAAAACAAGGAUGGUACUGGGGCCCUAUCACACGUUGGGAAGCAGAGGGAAAACUGGCGAAUGUGCCCGAUGGUUCAUUUCUUGUUCGAGAUAGCUCUGAUGACCGUUAUCUUUUAAGCCUGAGUUUUCGCUCCCAUGGUAAAACUCUUCAUACUAGAAUUGAACAUUCAAAUGGUAGGUUUAGCUUUUAUGAACAACCAGAUGUGGAGGGACAUACUUCUAUUGUUGAUCUAAUUGAACAUUCAAUCAGGGACUCUGAAAAUGGAGCUUUUUGCUAUUCAAGGUCUCGAUUGCCUGGAUCUGCAACUUACCCGGUGAGAUUGACAAACCCAGUAUCUCGGUUUAUGCAGGUGCGUUCCUUACAGUACCUGUGUCGUUUUGUUAUACGUCAGUAUACCAGAAUAGACCUGAUCCAGAAACUGCCUUUGCCAAACAAAAUGAAGGAUUAUUUACAAGAAAAGCACUACUGAAAGCUUAUGGGAAUCUUGCAUCUUGCACUUUGGGAACAAAAAAAAAGAUUGAAAUACAGUUUACAAAUUUUCAUUGCUAUCAAAAUCUUUUGCUGCCAUAACAAUGUUUCAUUUUUGUGUGUAAAGAAGGGUAAUGCAUCUUUUUUGUUUGUUUAUGUUUGGUGUUUUUUGUUUGUUUGAGGGGGCUUUUUUUUUUUUUUUUAAAGAAUGAUCACAGGGUUUUUAGAAGUGUGAAAUAGCUAUCUUUCAUCAAUGUGCAGAAAAUAAUCACAAUGUGAAUGAUCAAAUUUUCCUUAAUUUCCCCAAGUGCUGCUAUCCACUGUGAUUUUCAUGCAUUGAGUGCAUUUCAUGUGUAUUCAACCAUAAGUAAAAGUGAAAUGAAACUCGUAGAAUCGAAUUUUUGUCGUCUUAAAAUGGCCUAUUUUAUAAAGAUAAUUGUGGACAAAACAUACAGGUAGAUAAAUUACAGAAUUUAGGUAUACAGUGAAAAUGUAUUCCCAGCAUCCUAAAUGAACAUCUCUAUAGAACUGCCCUAAUUUAAAACUUAUUAAUUGAUGUAGCUGUGUGAUGGAAUAUAGUUAUGCAGCAUAUCUUUGGAAACCUCCUUUCUCCUAAAUGAUUUCAUAGUUUGUACUCGCUAUUUUGCCUUUGAGAAAUUGGGUUGAAUUUUCUUAUUCUUGGAAUUUCCUUAUAAUUUUUUCUUCUCCUUUUAAAAACAGCCUUUAAAAACAGUUUUGAAAAACAGUACAGAGCAUCAAUAUGGAAAUUGUAGUAUUUAAAAUUAUGCUAAACAUGGAUUACUAAUAAAAAGCAACAGAGGGUCCUGUGGCAUCUUUAAGACUAACAGAAG